AUGGAACAACACAGUCAGGUACUCCCCAUGCUCAGGGGGAAAAGAGAGGCAGAGCCUGUGAAUACCAAGAGGAGGAUUAGCUACUCUCAGUUGGACGGUUCAGGUCAGUUGAAACUGUCAAUAGACAAGGAAGGCCGAGUUUUACUCCUUCAUAUCAUGGAAGCCCGAGAUCUCAUGAACAAAGACUCUCAACCUUGUGAUGCUUAUGUGAAGGUGUCAGUGGUACCAGAUAAUGAUCGGAAACGGAGGCAAAAAACUCAGACAAUCCCAGACUGUAAAAAUCCAGCUUUCCAUGAACGAUUUUUUUUUCCCAUCCAAGAGGCAGAUGAGCAGAAGCGCCUUCUGGUUGCUGUAUGGAACAGAAAGAGAGGCCAAAGACAGAGUGAACUCAUCGGCUGUAUGAGCUUUGGGGUGAAGUCUCUUUUGGCUCCUGACAAGGAGGUCAGUGGCUGGUAUUAUCUUCUGGGGCAGAACUUGGGCCGCACAAAACAUCUUAAAGUGGCAACUCGAAGGUUGAAGCAGAGGAGAGAUCUAUUACUGAAAAAGCCUAUGCUGGUACUGAGACAGGAGGACACAGAAAACAUGCAGCUCAAGAUCACUAUCCCAAGGGGAAGGGACGGCUUUGGCUUCACCAUCUGCUGCGACUCUCCUGUCCGAGUUCAAGCUGUAGAUUCUGGGGGCCCCGCAGACCGGGCAGGGUUGCAGCAGCUAGACACGGUGCUGCAGCUGAAUGAGCAGCCUGUGGAACACUGGAAAUGUGUGGAGCUGGCCCACGAGAUCAGGAACUGCCCUGGUGAGAUCAUCUUGCUCGUGUGGCGCAUUAUCCCUCAGAUCAAACCAGGGCCUGAUGGUGGCGUCCUACGCAGGGCCUCCUGCAAGUCAGCUCAUGACCUCCAGUCACCCCCAAAUAAACGGGAGAAGAACAGCAUCCUGGGUGCCCGCCCUGAGCAGCGCCGCAGCUGUCACCUGGUGUGUGACAGCUCAGAUGGGCUCCUUGUGGGUGGCUGGGAGCGCUACAGUGAGUUGGGGAAACAGACCCAGCACACUUUGCCACCACUGACCCGGGCUUCAGCCUCCACCGAUCCCAACUACAUCAUCUUGGCCCCCUUGAACCCAGGGAGCCAGCUUCUGAGGCCCGUGUAUCAAGAGGAGAGCAUCCCAGAGGAUGUAGGGAACACUAGCAAAGGGAAAUCCCUCACUGGCCUGGGGAAGAAAUCUCGACUGAUGAAGACAGUGCAGACCAUGAAAGGCUAUGGUAACUACCAGAAUUGUACCAUCAUGAAGCCCCAUGCCCCUCACUCAAGCUACGGAACCUAUGUGACAUUGGCUCCCAAAGUCUUGGUGUUUCCUGUUUACGUUCAGCCCUUAGAUCUCUGUAACACAGCUCGGACUCUGUUGCUAGCUGAGGAGCUUAUACUUUAUGAAGGGAGAAACAAAACUUCCAAGGUGACCUUGUUUGUGUACUCUGACCUGCUGCUCCUCACCAAGGAGGAUGAGCCUGGGCGAUGCAAUGUCCUGAGGAACCCGCUCUACCUCCAGAGUGUCAAACUGCAGGAAGGUUUGUCGGAAGACUUGAAAUUUUGUAUUCUCUAUCUGGCAGAGAAGGCGGAGUGCUUAUUAACUUUGGAAGCAUACUCACAAGAACAGAAGAAGAGGGUGUGUUGGUGCCUGUCCGAGAACAUCUCCAAGCAGCCCCAGCAGGCAGCAGCUGCACCGGAGAGCAAGAUGCUUGAGACAGACGUGGAUGAAAGAAGAAAGAUGCCUUCUGAGGAGGAAGUACCCUCUUCUACUGAGGGGGUGGCUAGUGGGGCACCUGAGGAACCAGGGCCUCUUGAGAGCAACCCUUCCCAAAAGGAGGUAUUUGCAGGGGAGGCCACAAGCCUGGAGAUGCCCCUGCCUGCUGAAGGGGUGGCCAACGAGGCAUCUGAAGAACAAAGUCUUCCUGAGAACAACCCAUCCCAAGGGGAGGCACUUGCAGAAGAGGCCACGAACCUUGAGGUGCCCCUGACUGCUGAAGGGGUGACCAAUGGGGCACCUGAAGAACCUGAGCCUCCUACCAGAGACUGUCCUCAAGGGGAAGUACCCACAGAAGAGGGUCCAGGCUCGAAGGCCCCUGCCUUAACUGACAAGCAGCCCUUUGUGAUCCCCGAGGUCCGCCUAGAUCCCAUGUUCAGCCAGAGCUUAGGGGCUGAAGGGAUAGAGCAGGAUGGUACCCUCGAUGAAGAUGCUGAAGAAGAGGAGGAAGAAGUAGAGGGUGAGGAAGGAUAUGAGGAAGAGGAUGAUGAAAGUGAUGACAGCUACCUGGAACACAACGAGGCAAAGCGGUGCAGCAUGAUUGAAUCGUCAGGUACGGAAGGGGCGUUCAUGCUGACGGUGCAGAGCUCCCUGCGGCGCCGUACCCACAGCGAGGGCAGCCUCCUGCAGGAGACCAAGAGCCACUGCUUCACCUCAGAUACCACCCUCAAUUGCUCUGAUGCGGAGGGCAAGAAAAGUGGCUGGACCCUGGGCUCCCCCAGGACCGUGAAGAAGGAGCUGGCCCGGAAUGGGGGCUCCAUGCACCAUCUCUCUCUCUUCUUUACAGGACAUAGAAAGCUGAGCGGGGCUGAGGCAAGCUGUGACGAUGGUGCUGAGGCCUCUCAGAAGAGGAGCAAAAAACUGGCCAAAGAUAUGAAGAACAGACUGGGGAUUUUCCGGAGAAGAAAUGACUCUCCUGGGGGCAACGGGGCUGGCAAGACAGACAAAGGGAUGAAAUCCCUGAAGCCCACCUCUGAGGAGGCACUCAAAUGGGGAGAGUCUCUGGAGAAACUACUGUUGCACAAAUAUGGACUCGCAGUGUUCCGUGCCUUCCUCCGGACAGAGUUCAGCGAAGAGAAUCUGGAAUUUUGGCUGGCGUGUGAGGACUUCAAGAAAGUCAAGUCCCAAUCUAAGAUGGCAUCCAAGGCGAAGAAGAUCUUUGCAGAAUAUAUUGCCAUUCAGGCGUGUAAAGAGGUGAACCUGGACUCCUACACACGGGAACACACCAAGGAAAACCUGCAGAAUGUCACCAGGGCCUGCUUUGACUUGGCCCAGAAGCGCAUCUAUGGGCUUAUGGAGAAGGACUCCUAUCCUCGGUUCCUCCGCUCGGAGCUUUACUUAGACCUCAUUAACCAGAAGAAGCCGAGCUCUCCGUUGUAGGGGGCUUCCCCCCCUCCCCUGGGGC